CGGCCGCCGUCCGGCCCUCGCAAGCAAAUUAAAGCAAACUUCUCACUCUCUCAGACGACAGCGCCACUACAUACAGAAGAAGAGAAGCUAGCUCAAACUCAAAGAGGCCGGAGCACACCGAGCGAGCCAAGAAGAAACUAACCCAAGCAAGCUAUCUAGCAGCCAGCGCUGCCGGGUUUUAAUUUGUUGGCCAUGGCCGGGACCGGUGAAGCGGGCGUCGCCGGGGGCGGCGAGUGGCCCUUCUCGGCCGACGCGUACGCCGACUCCUCGGCGAUCUUCGCGGAGCUCGGGUGCUGGGCGGCGGGGCUCGACGGCGGGGAGCUGCUGCUGCCGGCGCUGGAUCCGCCGGAAGACAAGUACACCCUCCUGCCGCCGCCGUUGUCGGAGCCGGCCGGGUCGGUGUCGGUGGACGGCGGCGCAUCGUCCAGCUCCACCGACGACGGCGCCGCGCAGGAGGACGCCGCCGACGGGAAGCCGGCAGCCGCGACGGAGGCAGCGAGCAAGCCGGCGCCGGGGAAGACGAGGGCGACGACGGCGGGGGGCAAUAAUAAUAGCAAAUCGGGGCAGAAGAAUAAGAAGCGUGCGCGGCAGGCGCGGUUCGCCUUCAUGACCAAGAGCGACGUCGACCACCUCGAGGAUGGAUACCGCUGGCGCAAGUACGGCCAGAAGGCAGUCAAGAACAGCCCAUUCCCAAGGAGCUACUACCGGUGCACCAACAGCAAGUGCACGGUGAAGAAGCGUGUGGAGCGCUCCUCCGCCGACCCCUCCGUCGUCAUCACCACCUACGAGGGCCAGCACUGCCACCACACCGUCACCUUCCCGCGCGCCGCCCACCUCCACGCCGCCGCAGCCCUCGCCGGGCACAUGGCAUUCUCCGCCGCGCACCACCACCUCUACACCGCCAGCAACGACGACCACCUGCCGCCGCUGCUGCUGCAGCAGCAGCACCCCACCACCGCCGCAGCUCAGCAGCAGCAGAGCGCUCUGCUUAUUACUACUAGCAGUGGUGGUGACUCGCUCACCUGCAUGCCGGCGAUGUCGCCGUCGUCGUCGCUGCUGCUGCGGCCGCUGCAUUGCGACCAGGAGCUGCUGGCGGCAACCUACCCGCUGUCGUCGUCUGCGAUGACGACGAUGCCAGCAGUGGCUUCUUCCCUGGUCGUAUCAACAACGCAGUCGCCUUCACCGACGACGGCUGUGUCUUCAUCGCCGGCGGCGCUCGACAGUGGGCUUCUUGACGACAUGGUGCCACCGGCAAUGAGGCACGGAUGACAGGUUCCAUCAGUUGGUUUAUCGAUCAGUUAGGACAAUUAUUAAUAAACAUCUGAUUUGUCAUACUAUAGUUACUACUACACUUUGAUUGAUCCAUCAGUUUGCUGUUGCUUUCUAAUUGGGCGGCAGAGAUA